AUGUUAAAAAUUGUUUUCUUAAUUAUCAUAUUACUGCAUGAACAAUUCGAAUGCUGGCCAGAUGGAGCGCCAUGUAUUCAUUCAACCUUCGAAUCGAUGAAUCCCCUUGAAGCAGUGGAACAUCAGGGAGGGCUGCAGUUGACGCCGCCACCUUAUGAAAUUGUUGUUAAACAGAAGUGUUACUGGAAGGGGCAGCCGAUUGAAUUGUCUUUGAAAGGAAAAACUAUAAAAGAUCGAUUUAAAGGUUUCGCUAUACAACCAAUAUCAAUUGGUCGAUUUUUACGACUUGAUAAUAAUGGUUCAUGGCAGCAACAAUGUUAUCGUUAUAGAAAUUCUGUAACUCAUUCUCACGAUGAAUUGAAAAAAAAAAUGAAACUUUGGUGGAAAAAUGACGAUGAUGAUAGCAAUUAUGUUCAAUUUGUGGCAACAGUAGUGAAAAGUCAAAAGGAAUUUUGGGUGAAGUCGAUUUUAUCGAUUCCCAUACCGCCUUGUCACUUAGAACCACUUGGUAUGCGAGAAGAAUAUGUUCCACCACCAAUCACUCCUCCGCCGCCGGUUUGUUUAAUUUUAUUUAUUAUCAUCUUUUCUGAAAAUUUUGCAAUAACUUUUUGCUCAAUUCUUGUAUUGAAGUAUAACCAAAAUUAA